UUGAGGACCUCCUGAAGUACCUGGACCCUCAGUUCACCGACCACAUCACUGUCCCUGACGCCAUGAAGCUGGAGUUCAUCCUGGCUGGCUCACCUCAGAGGUACUGUGUGUGUAAUCCCACGCUGGUCCGGCAGUUCCAGAACCCGGACACCAUCUUCAUCCUGGCCUUCGCCAUCAUCCUCCUCAACACGGACAUGUACAGCCCCAACGUGAAGGCGGAGAGGAAGAUGAAGCUGGAGGACUUCGUCAAGAACCUGAGAGGAGUGGACAACGGGCAGGACAUCCCGCGGGACCUGCUGGUGGGGAUCUACCAGCGGAUCCAGAAGUGGGAGCUGCGCACCAACGAUGACCACGUGUCCCAAGUGCAGGCAGUGGAGAGAGUCAUUGUGGGCAAGAAGCCUGUGCUGUCGCUGCCCCACCGCCGGCUGGUGUGCUGCUGCCAGCUGUACGAGGUGCCAGACCCCAACAGACCCCAGAGGACGGGGGUGCACCAGAGGGAGGUGUUCCUGUUCAACGACCUCCUGGUG